AUGGAGCUACCGGUGAUUGAUUUGGCUCCGUACCUGGAAAUCUCGUCCGCCGGUUCGGAACCUGAAUCGGAUUUUACGACCCGGUUGGAUCCUCAACUGAAGGCACUGUGCCAGGAGGUUAGCCGGACCCUAAGAGAAACCGGAGCAUUACUGGUCAAAGACCCGAGAUGCUCCGCCAGAGACAACGAUUUGUUCUUGGAUAUGAUGGAGAAAUAUUUUGAGAAAUCUCUCGAAUUCAAGCGCCUUCAAGAACGCCCUCAUCUGCAUUACCAGGUUGGAGUAACUCCUGAAGGUGUCGAAGUACCUCGUAGUCUAGUCGAUGAAGACAUGCAAGGGAAGCUAAGAGCCAUGCCUAAAGAGUUCCAACCAGCUACUCCCUCCGGGCCGGACCCCAAAUGGCGAUACAUGUGGAGAGUUGGUCCUCGGCCACAGAAUACCCGAUUUAAGGAGCUAAAUGCUGAGCCUGUGAUACCCGAAGGGUUCCCCGAGUGGCAAGAAACUAUGGAUUCUUGGGGACACAAAAUGAUUUCUGCAAUUGAGGUUGUAGCCGAGAUGGCAGCUAUAGGAUUUGGCUUGCAGAAAGAUGCAUUUACUUCUCUUAUGAAGCAGGGACCUCAUCUGCUUGCACCAACAGGAAGUGAUCUUCAGCGUCAUGGACAAGAGGGCACAGUUUUCGCUGGAUACCACUAUGACCUAAACUUUCUUACUAUCCAUGGCCGGAGCAGAUUCCCUGGUUUAAACAUUUGGUUGAGAAAUGGACAAAAACUGGGGGUAAAAGUUCCUGUGGGAUGUCUUCUCAUACAGACUGGAAAACAGAUAGAGUGGUUGACUGCUGGAGACUGUAUAGCUGGAAUGCAUGAAGUUGUUGUAACUAAUAAGACGAUGGAUGCAAUAAAAUUAGCUAAAGCGCAAAAUCGUAGUCUCUGGAGAGUUUCCUCAACGCUGUUUGCACAUAUUGCAUCAGAUGCAGAGUUAAAGCCCUUAGGCCACUUUGCCGCGUCUCCUGAUGUUGACAAGUAUCCUCCCAUUUGUGCUGGUGAAUUUGUAGAGAAAGAACUUGCCGUUAUCAAUCUUAAAGGAAGCAAAGGAGAGCUUUGA